AAGAGAUUGAGUGGCACGCCUGUGUUUGUGUUUGGGAAUAAAAAGGAAGCCGGAAAAAAAUCAGGACAAGAGUUUUUCUGAUUCUAUCCACAUUUUAGUCUGAUAUCAGCAGACAGAGAGGGUGUUUACAUGUCAACAAAGGUGGGAGUGUGUGUCGUAGGGGGAGUUAAAACGAAAGCAGAGCAUCUUUAACACUUUGCAGCUGAUUUUGAGGCCCUUUAGAAAGGCUUCAUCACAUGCUGACAGCAUUGUUGCAUCCCUGCUCUCCUCCUCCCUUCUCUCUCCUCUCAAUCCGCCCUCCUCUCCACGCGCACCUACACUUCUGCAUCGCCUCCUCCGGCAAUAAUGAGCAAGGAUUCCCCGGAGGAGGAGAGCCGAGCUCCGGGCUCCGGAGGAGGAGGAGGAGCGGGGAAAGGAGGCUCCAGGAGGAACCGAGCGGACGACAAUGUCACCAUCCUGACCUCCUCCAUGGAUUUCUACCGGGCCGGCCGGAGCCGAGCCAGCAGCAGCAGCCUCACCUCCUCCGUGGAGCUGAGCUCCUCCUCCCUGGAAACCAGCACCCAGACGCGGAUCUUUAAGAUCAUCGUCAUCGGGGACUCCAACGUGGGGAAGACCUGCCUCACCUUCCGCUUCACGGGGGGCAGCUUCCCCGACAAGACCGAGGCCACGAUCGGCGUGGACUUCAGGGAGAAGCCGGUGGAGAUCGAGGGGGAGACCAUCAAGGUGCAGGUGUGGGACACGGCAGGCCAAGAGCGCUUUCGCAAGUCCAUGGUGGAACACUAUUACCGCAACGUACACGCAGUGGUGUUUGUUUACGAUGUAACCAAGAUGGCUUCCUUCCGUAACCUGCAGACAUGGAUAGAGGAGUGCAACGGCCAUCGGGUGUCGGCAUCAGUGCCUCGGGUUCUGGUGGGGAACAAAUGUGACCUUGUUGAUCAAAUCCAGGUCCCCUCCAACAUGGCAUUGAAGUUCGCUGACUUACACAACAUGCUGCUGUUCGAGACGUCAGCGAAAGACCCAAAGGAGAGUCAGAACGUCGACUCCAUCUUCAUGUCGCUGGCCUGCCGCCUGAAGGCCCAGAAAUCCUUACUCUACAGAGACGUGGAGCGAGAGGAUGGGAGAGUGAGACUCACACAGGAGACGGAGACAAAGACUAACUGUCCGUGUUGAGGGAGAAGAGGACGGGGAGUCACUCUGGGAGAGAAAUGAGCGCAGUAGCUUACAUAAACAGGAGGCUUAACGGAAACUUUCCUGGUUGGAAAUGACAGGGAAGGUUAAUGAUAAUGCUAGUCAUGUUAGAGGGGUGGAGGAUAAUGGAAACAUGAGUUUUAACUGAGAUAUCAAAAGAGUUCUUGCUGUUGAACAUAAACGAGGGAUUAGGAGUGGCUUGUCAUGAUGAUGCUGCCUUUUACACUCGUUAUUGUGAAAAUUCUUCCACUGACUUUCCUAAUAAUGCUGUAUCCUCUCAAUCCUAUCUUUUACCCUAUAUUUGCUCUAAUUUCACCUGAGAACCGGACUUCUCAGCCCUUUUUCUACUGCUUUAAUAACAAACGCUGCCUGACUCGUAACCUUCACAAACAUUUAGAGUAUAGAGCACCAAGGCCACGGCUAAGCCAUCAGACAUCCCGUUUGAGCGGAUUGUUUGGAGGAUUCGAUCUCUGCUCACCUUUCACAUCUGAGAAGAAGCAAAUAUAAAUAGAAGGACGAUACCCGAGGGGGGGCCUGUGCAGAAGCACCUUGACAAGGUUUCCUAAAGCAGACCCUUAAUGGGUUGCCUUGUAGCACAUCGCCUAUUGAUUUCAGAGAUCCUUUUACCCCCAUAUGUUCUCUCUAACGCUGAGCUUUUCCUUUCCCCUCUACUGCUGAUUUAAACAUAUCCUCAUAAUGUU